GCUCUAGCUUCAUGCUGUGUGUAAUCAGAGAGAUCUAUGAGUCUGGCUCUGUGGGUAUUGUGUCCGGUCUGUUGAGUUCAGUGGAGAACUACAUUAAUCUGCAGAACAGAGAGCUAGACUCUGUCCACUGUGCGGCCCUGCGCUUCACACUGCAGCACUGCACUGCAGUUUCACUCAAUCUACAGUGGACCUCCAUACCAGAGGAAGAGCUGGAGGGCAUUCUGCUUCUCUUCACCCAUUUGUCUGUGUUCAGUGUUGACAGGCUGCUGUUACUGAAGAUGCUUCACUGCUGCAGUGUCUCUGAUGUCCAGCAGGAGGCAGCAGCAGCUCUGCUCUCUGUCCUGAAGCACAAGCUGGAUUUCUCCUGCCAUUCUGCUCUGGAUCUGACUACAAACACAGACUUAGAGCCUCUACAUCUGAGCACUGACGACUGCCGUGUGACGUCCAGAGUCAUUCAGAAAGCUCAUUCAGACACAAAGACACAGAUGAUUCUUCAGGACUGUGAGAUUAAUAGAGAUGGAAUGGAUCAGCUGUUCCCAGUGUUACAUUCUGUUCAACUCCGCUGUGCUAAAUCUCUGCUGCUUCAGUUUCUGGCUCAUGUGAGACCUGAGGAAGCCGAGUCUCUCUCUCGAGCUCUGUGUGAAGAGCUGGAUCUCAGUCAGACUCAGCUGGACCCGCAGGUCUGUCAAGGUCUGAAGCUGAUUCUGGAAUAUUCUGAAGGACUGACAGAACUGGAUCUGAGUCAGUGCCGUCUCACCGAUGACAGUCUGGAUCUGCUGCUCCCAAACCUCCACAAAGCACAGAAAAUAGAUUUUAGUGGCAACAGCAUCACUGACUUUGGGGCUCGAAAAAUCUACAAGAUUGUCACUCACAACAGUCACAUAGAGACAGUAAGGUGCGUGUCUGAGUGUCAUCCAUAAUUCUUUGAACUGUUAUUGAAAUGACUCUUUAAAAAUAGAAUUGUAAAUAAAGAGCCCUUCAGCACAGACCCACGUUUUGAGAUCUAGUGAUGUCAAUAACUCUCAACUCUCUGGAAUCAAGAAGCAGGUGAUAUAACCAGAGGAUAAUAAGGUAACAGCUGUAAACACUCUGAGGAAUCUGCCCAUCAGAGCCCCAGAGAUGAAUCAAGCCACCAGACUGUAAACAACAUUCAUUUUUACCAUCAAUCGUAAUCAGCAGUGGGUUUCUGUUGCAUUAACUGUGUUUUGUGAAAUGACAACAUCAGUCUCCUUUGUUAACCUUCUUUCCCCUUCUCCACCCUUUAUAUUGUUUGUGUCAUGCAGAGUCAUGAUAGUUCUGAAUUUUUAUUUUGUUUGUAUUUUGCAUUUCUAUAAAUGUUUUUAAUUUGCCUUUUCAAUUUAGUAUUUGUUAGAUCUUAUUCUAUAUAUUUUUUCUUGUUUUAAAUUUAGCAAUUAAGUGCUGUCAUGUAAUUUGAAUAAUAUGAAUAAACUGGGAUGUAGUCUUUUCAUUUUUAAGUGCUUACUAAAACACCUAAAAACAACAGCAUGUAAAACAACUGGAAUAAAUCCUUAUGAAUACUGAAAAAUGCUUUUGAUAGCCUAUAUUUCAAGUAAAAUACUGUAGCUGUGACAUCUUGCUGUUUUAAUAUCAACAUCGUUCCAGUAGAGGACAGCAAUGAUUUAUUAAUUAAAAAAGCACAGAAAAUCCACAGUAAAGAUGACGAGGAGGAGAUGCAUGAAAACAACCAAAAUCAAUAGCAAGUGCAUUUCUACUGCUGAUCAGCUGAUCUUCUCCUCUUCAUCCUAAAGAAGAGAAAGAUCAUUUACAAACAGAAAGUGUUUCACUGUAUGAACUUAAACUCAUAAGUUUAACAGAGACAUUAUACUCAGGAAAUCACACACACCUCAUUCCUGUGACUGAAAUGUUUGACUAAUUUUGCUUUUGUUUUUAAUACUGUAUGCAAUAAAAUCUGCUCCU